UAUUGUCAACCAAAGCAAGGGUUUUCUUGUAAUUGUUCUGCAAGGGUUUCUGUCGUCUUAAAAAAUCACAAAUCAAACUUAAAAUAUUCAAAAUAUAUGUUCAUCAGAUGAUCAAAAAGAUUGUUUCUACUUGUAGAAAAAAUAAUGCUGGCAAUUGAUAAGUUUGCCCCAAUUUCUUAUAUAUAUUCUCACUAUGUCAAGGUUACUGACGGUUCGAAACAUUAAAAGAAUAGUACAAUCAGUUAAAGCAAACAAAGGGAGAGUUCAAUCAGUAGACACGAAGCAUGCGUUGGUUGAUAGAAUUGGUCUAUGUCCCUCCCAACGUAGCAUUUCUAGUAGAAACUAUUCCGUUAUUCCUGCCAAUGAUAGAAUGAAACAUCAUGCUCAAGCUGCUUGGAAAAGGCUUUCCCAUAAUUCAUUUCACAACGGGAAAGUGUUUCCUUCCAUAAGCAGGGCUUCUCAAGCAUUUUGUUUGGCAAUGGGUCGAUCGUAUGUGGUUAUUCCGGGUAUAUUUGCGAUUGCAUGUGGGCGUAUGGCAUUGGCACAAACAGGGCAAGAUCUUGAAUAUUUCCAACCAAGAAACAAUCUUUAUAUGCACGCGGAAGAUGGACAUGCUUUCUUGAUAUCGUCCAUCCUUUCGGUAUAUGAGGGUUUGAUAUUAUUAAUCAGAGCUAUUUAUUUAGCAAUUUUAUUCUCACCCAGUAUAGCAAUGGCCCCAUUCGCAGAGUAUAUUGGUAACUCGUCAAGAGAAAAGUGGCUUCACCUUGUACGUCGUACAUUGGAAGUAGCAGGUCCUGCUUUUAUAAAAUGGGGUCAAUGGGCAGCAACAAGACCUGAUCUUUUCCCUCGAGACUUAUGCACUGAACUUUCCAAACUUCACUCAAAAGCACCUGAACAUAGCUUUUCUUACACCAAAAAGACUGUUGAAAAGGCUUUUGGACGUGAACUUUCUGAAAUCUUCGAUGAUUUUGAGGAGCUGCCUGUUGCGUCGGGUAGUAUUGCUCAAAUUCAUCGAGCUGUUUUGAAAUGUAAGUAUCGUGGUAAGCCGAUUAAGCCGUUAACAGUUGCUGUGAAAGUUAGGCACCCGGGAGUAGGUGAAUCAAUUAAAAGAGAUUUUGAGAUAAUUAAUGUAGUGGCAAAGAUGUCAGGAUUUAUUCCCACCUUGAAAUGGUUAAGAUUGGAUGAAAGUGUACAACAGUUUGCGGUCUUUAUGAUGUCUCAAGUUGAUCUUGCUCGGGAAGCUGCUAAUUUAAGCCGCUUUAUCUACAAUUUUAGGAGAUGGAAGGAUGUUUCUUUUCCGAAACCUCUGUAUCCACUUGUUCAUCCUGCAGUUUUGGUAGAAACAUUUGAGCAAGGAGAAAGCGUUGCACAUUAUGUUGAUGAACUUGAAGGACAUGAACGACUCAAGAGUUCGCUUGCUCAUAUUGGGACUCACGCACUUUUAAAGAUGCUCUUGGUUGACAACUUCAUACAUGCUGACAUGCAUCCUGGAAAUAUUCUCGUACGGACGAAGUCUUCUCGUAAAAGAAUCUUCAAAUCAAAGCCUCAUGUUGUAUUCCUUGACGUAGGGAUGACUGCUGAACUUUCAAAGAGUGACAGAGUUAAUUUAUUGGAGUUUUUCAAGGCUGUUGCUCGUCGAGAUGGCGACACUGCAGCAAAAGCCACUUUGAGGCUCUCAAAGCAACAAAACUGUCCUAAUCCUCAAGCCUUCAUUAAGGAGGUGACAGAGUCGUUUGACUAUUGGGGUACUCCAGAAGGUGAUCUUGUUCACCCUGCUGAUUGCAUGCAUCAAUUACUAGAACAAGUGAGACGUCAUCGAGUCAAUGUGGAUGGAAAUGUCUGCACUGUCAUGGUUACGACUUUGGUUCUCGAGGGUUGGCAAAGGAAGCUUGAUCCAGAUUACGAUAUUAUGCAUACACUACAAAGGUUAUUACUCAAGGAGGACUGGGCAAAGUCCCUAACUUACACAAUUGAAAGCCUGAUGGCUCCAUAAACAGUAUAAUCAGGCUCCCACGGAUAAGGAAGUUUUCUAUGACCGUGAGUGUUUAUAGUCCCUACAAUAUUUUGAUUCGUUGGAUUGUUGCCGCAGCAAUUGUGUGGAUAAAGACAAUUGAAUGAGAAAUUUUGUCAAUCUUAAUUAGGGAAAAUUGCUAACAUUAGGUGUUUUUUUGA